AUGGAGCUGAUCUGUAAGACAGUCAUCCUCUUUCUGUUAGUCUCUCCCAGCCUUGGGAUAGAUUGGGAACUUGCUCAGAAUUUUAUUGGCAUUGCUGGGCCUCUACCCAGUGAGUUGGCAAACAGGUUGGGUCUGCAGGACCAAGUGCUACCCAAGGAAGAUGAGGGCCCUGCUGUGGCUGAAGCACAUGAUUAUCUGUGCCACCAGGACCUCGUGGCUUCAGAGCUGCCCCAGUACUUCUCCCACCUCCGUGGGAUCGGGGUGACACAUUACAAAGUGUUCCUGCCAUGGACACGUGUUCUUCCAGAGGGGAAUGCCAGGAAGCCAGAUGAAGCUCAAGUGCAGUGCUACCAGGAGCUGCUCCAGGCCCUGGUUGCUGCAGACCUCAGGCCUGUGGUGGUUCUGCACCACCAGCAGGUCCCUGGGGCUGUGGUCACACAGGCCAUGGGGAGGAAAGGCAAUGGCUUUGCUGAGCUUUUUGGGGAGUAUGCAGAGUUCAGCUUCCAUGUGUUUGGGGACCUGGUGGAUGUGUGGCUCACCUUCAGUGACCUGCCAGAGCUCCUUCAGAGCCUGCCUUACUCUGACCCCCAGGACAGAGCCCAGGCUGUCGCUGCUGCCCACGAGAGAGCUUACACCAUCUACCACGAGAAACACUCCCUGGCAGGUGGAAAGAUGUCCAUUGCUGUAGAAAUGGGUGAUGUCUUGGGCAGUGCCUUGUCAGAAUUGUUUUCAGUUUCUCUUCAGAAUUCAGUAGACUUCCUGUCUCUCAGCCUUCAGUACCAUUGUGGAAAUGGAACAGAUUUCUACAAGAAACUGAAUGAAUUCCAGAAUGUCUGGAAGGAGGUAGAUAUCUUGAUUUUUAGUCUAAAGUUCCUCAAUUGUGCUUCCAUGGAAGAGAAUCCUUCCAUACUAGUGGCUGCCAUUGUCACAGCUAUUAAUGGAGAAGAAACACGUACGAUUGGGUAUGAUGUUAAUGAGUUCUUGGACUCCUUAUCUCAUGUUUCAAGCAAAACAAAUACUCUACACGAGAGCACAAAUGCUCUUCUUGCCCCUCGCUCCUCCUACCAAACAGUUUGGGAAAUGUUUGCUAAGCAGUCUGAACUGGAGAGGGAUUCUUUUCUGCAAGAUGUCUUCCCAAGUGGUUUCCUCUGGGGCACAUCCACAGGUGCCUUUAACAUUGAAGGAGCCUGGGCAGAGGAUGGGAAAGGAGAGAGCAUCUGGGAUCAGUUUGGGCAUGCAGGUCACGUCCACAUGAACCAAACAGCAGAUGUGGCAUGUGACAGCUACUAUAAAACCAGCUAUGAUGUUUACCUGCUUAGGGGUCUUCAUCCCCAGCUGUACAAAUUUUCUGUAUCCUGGCCUAGAAUUUUUCCUACUGGCACCAAUGAGACCAUCAACUCCAAAGGUGUUGAUUAUUACAACCGAUUAAUUAACCGGUUGCUAGACUCUAACAUUGAGCCCAUGGUGACUCUCUUCCACUGGGACCUCCCACAAGCCCUGCAGGUCCUUGGUGGCUGGCAGAAUGAAAGCAUCAUAGAUGCUUUUGUAAGCUAUGCAGACUUCUGCUUUUCCACUUUUGGGGAUCGAGUCAAGUUCUGGAUUACAUUCCAUGAGCCUUGGGUUAUCAGCUAUGCUGGCUAUGGCACCGGAGAGCAUCCUCCAGGGAUCUCUGACCCAGGAGUAGCAUCUUACAAG